CACCAGCAGAUGACUGGAGGAGGAGCUUAGUGGAGCAGGAGGAGCCUGGAGCAGCUGCAGGUGAAACACUGGGACGGAGAGAGGGAGAGUCAGAGAGUGUAAAGUCGGUCUGGGAGCCACAACAGCUCCCUGUAUCCAGCCUUUCCUCAACACAACAAACCAGCUACAACAACAAUUUGGAGGAAGAGGACGGCGACUCAUACAGAUUUACUGGGGUGUUCACAGCCACACUUGUGGAGGCUGUCUCUGACCCUGUAGCUACUACUCCUUCCACUCCUCCUGCCUCCCCUGACGAAGACUCCACCAGCCAGUUUGACAUGGAUAUUCUGGUGGAUACUUUAAAGAGCAUGGGGCCUUCUCUGAGGCAGAAGAGCGUGAGCAUACGCACCACUAAUACAGGCCUCGCCUCCUCUCUGCCACCCAUUGUGGAGGAUGCUCCAAGCCCAGUCUCUUCUGACGUGCCUGACUCCGUGAGCGGUAUCCAAACAAAGAUGGAAGGAACAGGCGCUCCAGCCGAGUCCCUCAAUGGACUGUAUACUCUGCCUGCUGACCUGGGAUUGAAGAGGACUUCCCCAAGAGACAGUCGUUCUCCAUUGGAACUAAUUAGGCAGAAUCAGGAUGGACAGCCUGGAACAAGAGGUCUCAACUUUCCCUUUAGAGCAUCAACUCUUAACAGUACUGUAAUGAGAAAAUCCUCUGACUCGUCUGAGGAUUUAAAAUCUCCAGUGCUUAAUGGCAAUGAAGUACCUCCAUCUCCUACCACAAGCUCUCGCCUGGAUCACAGUGUCCUCUUUGGUAACUACAAGCCGUCAUCCACAGUUCAGACACAAGAAAACGGAAAAGCCCAUCGGUCAGUGUUCCGCGCCAGCUCCCUACCCGAAAUUUCAUCUUUAAAAGAUCACACGACUGCGGGAUUAAAGGGGAUGGGUGACCUUGGCGCUGGCACAGAGUCAGGUGGAUCGCGCUUUGAGCGCCUCUCCUUUCUUAUGAAUUCCUCAUCCUCCUCUCUGAGCGUAGCCGAAGACCUGAACACUCAUGUGAGUCGGCCUGCAUCUCUGGCCAUCGGCUCCCCACCUGCCAGCAACAGCCCCACUCGCCUCCUCAGCCCAACUGGCUCGAUUGACCUCCACAGGCCAUUCGCCAACACAGACACUCCUUUAUCAAUGUUUAGCCAGACCCCUCAGAUGGCGAUGG